UUCAUCAACUGCUCUCACUAAUGUUUUUGAAACUGGCAAGCUAUGAAGCAUCGAUUCUAGCAUGGCGUUUUCGAUAUGUUUUCAAUACGAGAUGUCAAUAUGUCGGUACGAUACGAUACAUUUCCGAUAUGUUUCCGAUACGCGUAUCUGAUAUGUUGGAAAAAAAAACUUCUGAGUAUCGGUGCUUCGUAGCUGGCAAGUAUACCACCAAGCUGCAAAGGGUCGAUUCUGAUUCAUGCACAGACAAUGUUUUACCACCGAAAUCACUCUUGAUUGCCACUCCUCUUGAAGCUGGAGAAUUCUCACUUCUGUUGUUCUUGCAUGGCUAUCUUCUUAACAAUUCAUUUUACUCUCAGUUUAUCCAACACAUUGCUUCUCAUGGUUUCAUUGUCAUUGCUCCUCAGUUGUAUGUAUUUGCUGGACCUGAUACAAGUGAUGAGAUUCAUUCUGCAGCUGCAAUAACAAAUUGGCUAUCUGAAGGACUGUACAAAUUUCUUCCACCAAAUGUGAGACCAAAUUUUGGAAAGUUAGCACUUGCAGGUCAUAGCCGUGGAGGCAAAACAGCAUUUGCUCUUGCAAUGAGAAAAUUAAACAUCACCACUAAUCUCAAGUUUUCAGCCUUAAUAGGAGUUGAUCCAGUUGAUGGAAUGGACAAAGGAAAGCAAAAUCCACCACCAGUUCUCACAUAUGUUCCUCAUUCAUUUGAUUUUGAUAUGGCAACAAUGGUUAUAGGUUCAGGUUUAGGUGAAUUGAAAAGUAAUCCUUUGUUUCCCCCUUGUGCCCCUAAGGGUGUCAACCAUGAGAACUUCUUUAAUGAAUGUCAGAAACCUUCUUGGUAUUUUGUGGCUAAGGAUUAUGGCCACUUUGACAUGCUAGAUGAUGAUACCAAGGGAAUUAAGGGUGUAGCUACCUAUUUUCUAUGCAAGAAUGGAGAAUCAAGGAAACCAAUGAGGAGUUUUGUUGGAGGAGCUAUAGUUGCAUUCUUGAAAGCUUACUUGCAUGGUGAUAAUGGGGAAUUAUUGGCAAUUAGAGACAAGCAUGAGAAUCUACCUGUAGAGAUCAAAUUUGAUUAUUUUGUGUGAAAAUCAGAGAAGAUAGGGACUAUAUGUUUCUGUUAUCAUGACCCUUGUAAUUGAACUUAGCAUGCUAUAGCCAAUUUUACAGAUACAUAUUAGAUAAAAGUAUAAAAGCACAUCAUGUAUAAUAUAUUGAGGAGAAACAUUUAUCAUUUUAAAGUACACAACU